AGUAGAUCAGCUGAAGGAUUUUAUAACAUCCUCAGUAUUUGUGAACUGUGCUUUCACAGAUAUCAGCAGAAAUCUGUUUUAUCAUUGAUUAAUCUAGUGAAAUUUUGAGAUGUUAGCAUUGUAUGCGUAAAGGAGUAUACUAACUUAAACAUGUAAUCAUUUUAAAGAAAAGCUGACAUUAAUUGUUCUCUUGAGAAGGUCAGUUUAACUGAAGAGUUACUUGCUUCAACCUUAGAAGCCACUGAUAGCCGGGGAAUGGGUCUGUCUGAAUGCAAAAAGUGCCUUUGUCUGCUGGUUAAACGUGCUGUGGCCUCUCUGUAGGCAUGAUAUGGUCAGAGUGUAAGGAGAUCUGGGAAGAGGGCCCACGAGAGUAUGUCGUACAUCUCUGGAACCUUCUGGACUUUGGGAUGCUGUCCAUCUUCGUGGCGUCGUUCACUGCCAGGUUCAUGGCUUUCCUCAAAGCGACUGAAGCACAACAGUACGUCGAUCAGUAUGUUCAAGAUGAUGACCUCAAUAAUGUCACCCUUCCCCCUGAAGUUGCUUAUUUUACUUACGCCAGGAACAAGUGGCUUCCCUCGGAUCCUCAGAUCAUUUCAGAAGGACUGUAUGCAAUAGCUGUGGUACUCAGCUUCUCCCGCAUUGCUUACAUUCUUCCAGCCAACGAAAGCUUCGGGCCCCUGCAGAUCUCUUUGGGAAGGACUGUGAAGGAUAUCUUCAAGUUCAUGGUCAUCUUCAUCAUGGUGUUCCUGGCCUUCAUGAUUGGAAUGUUCAACCUUUACUCUUAUUACCUUGGUGCAAAAUACAACCCUGCAUUUACAACGGUAGAAGAAAGUUUUAAAACCUUAUUCUGGUCAAUAUUUGGCUUAUCUGAAGUGAUAUCCGUGGUGCUGAAGUACGAUCAUAAAUUCAUUGAGAAUAUUGGAUAUGUACUCUAUGGAGUAUACAACGUGACCAUGGUGGUGGUGCUGCUUAAUAUGCUAAUAGCCAUGAUAAACAACUCUUAUCAGGAAAUUGAGGAGGAUGCAGAUGUGGAGUGGAAGUUUGCACGUGCCAAGCUCUGGCUGUCCUACUUUGAUGAAGGAAGGACUUUACCUGCUCCCUUUAAUCUAGUGCCAAGCCCUAAAUCAUUUUAUUAUCUCAUACUGAGAAUAAAAAUGUGCCUCAUAAAACUCUGCAAAUCUAAGGCCAAAAACUGUGAAAAUGAUCUUGAGAUGGGAAUGCUGAACUCCAAACAACGGAAAGUCCGUUUUCAGUCUAGCAGUCUGCAUACAGAGAAUUUUUCAGUGAAGAAUGCUUACAACAAGCCCACAAGAUACCAGGUGCCAACCCUACCUCCCUCUGGAUUCUACUACCUUGGCCAUCUUCAACACACCAAAAUAAUGAAACGCCUGAUUAAGCGCUAUGUGCUGAAGGCUCAGGUGGACCGAGAAAACGAUGAAGUCAAUGAAGGAGAACUCAAAGAGAUUAAGCAAGAUAUUUCUAGUCUCCGCUAUGAACUCCUGGAGGAAAAGUCCCAGGCUACUGGUGAGCUGGCAAGACUUAUACAGCAACUGAGUGACAAAUUCGGGAAGAACUUAAAUAAGGACAUUUGAGGGUGAG